GCAAACACAGUCAUCUCAUGCAACAGUGCGACCUAUGGGGGUGGCAUGUACGUUACCUACUUUGAUGCCGUGUUCUCAGAAGACAUGGCCAGUUCUUCGCUUGCGCCAGACAUCGCAGAGGCACUUGGCAAUGCACACGGCGUGGUUAGCAGAGAAGCCUAUCAGCAGAUGAUCCUUCUCGCUACGCCUGUAGCCGAGGAUGGGCCAAACAGCACUAUGUCACAGCACAACAUCCGAAACAACUGGGCAACGGAGGGGUGCUCGUUAGUCUUCUCGUUUAUGACGAAGAAGUGUUUGGAGAACGAUGGUAGGUCGCUUGACUUGUCCUGUGUAGCGAAUGUAGGUAAAGUCACCAGAUACAGAUACAUAGGAUGUAGGUAUAAUCACUAG